AUGGCCACGGGAGAAAUCACCACCCUGCCCUCAGCUCCUGAGGCCCCCGGGAGUUUUAAGGACCCGAAGAGGCUUUACUGUAAAAACGGGGGGUUCUUCCUCAGGUUGAGGCCCGACGGGGGAGUGGACGGGAUCCGGGAGAAAAACGACCCCCACAGGAGGGGGGGGGGGGCUUUUAGAAACAGAGAGAUGGCCACGGGAGAAAUCACCACCCUGCCCUCAGCUCCUGAAGCCCCCGGGAGUUUUAAGGAUCCAAAGAGGCUUUACUGUAAAAACGGGGGGUUCUUCCUCAGGUUGAGGCCCGACGGGGGAGUGGACGGGAUCCGGGAGAAAAACGACCCCCACAUAAAGCUGCAGCUCCAGGCGACCUCGGUGGGGGAAGUGGUCAUCAAAGGAGUUUCUGCUAACCGAUAUCUGGCUAUGAACCGAGACGGACGCCUGUUUGGAGCAAGGCGAGCCACAGAUGAGUGCCACUUUCUAGAGCGGCUGGAGAGCAACAACUACAAUACCUACCGCUCCAGGAAGUACCCCAACAUGUACGUGGCCCUGAAGCGCACCGGCCAGUACAAGUCCGGGAACAAAACCGGGCCGGGCCAGAAGGCCAUCCUGUUUCUGCCCAUGUCCACCAAGAGCUAA